CCGACACUAACAUGGCGGCGGCGGCGCCCAGUGUGCCGCGAGGGGUGUCGGGAAGGGGUUCGAACACUGCCCGGCGGGGAGCGGCGCCCGCCAUGGAGUCAGCGGCGCGGACUCUCCCCGGCACCGCGCGGCUGUCGCGGGGGCUGCCGUUCGGGCGGCUUGGGAUCAGCCACAGCCGGCUCCUCCCGCCCCUGCCGCGGUCACAGGAAAUCGCAGAUCCCCAGAGAACAGCGUUUCUCCUGCGCAAGCAGUGGACCUUAUACAGCGUGACCCCUCUGUACAGAUUCUCAGACACCCACCUCAAGGAUUACGCUCGGCUGCUCAGCAUUUCCAUUGCUGCUGAGAAGCAGAAGGGGCUGGCAGUGGAAGUCGGGUUUGAGCUGGAUCUGGAUAUCAAGGUGGAUGUCUCCAGCAUCCCAGAUCUGAAAGGCAGCGACCAAGACCACGCUGCGAUCCUGGUGCAGCUUUCUUCAAGAUCACCAGCCUCCUCCAAAAAUUCAGAAAGGAAACUCAUAUGGUUGGGCUGCUUCUGCUGUGUGUCUGGAGAUGACCUUUCCAAGAACUUGCCAAAAGACUUCACUUAUUUACCUCUGUUUCUUGUUAAUGGGGCAGAGAAAUACACAUCUAUUAUUGGAAGUUGGUUUCAGACGACUUUUGACUGCUGCUUCCACCGUUUAGCUAUCAGCCCUUUCAAUCUCAGUUGGAUGGCAGCAAUGUGGACUGGAUGCAAAGUGGACAAAACCGCGUCUGCCACAGAACUUGUCUUCUCUGUCCCCCGUCUGCCCCAGCCUCUGGAUAUUUCGUAUGCCAUUCAUCCAGAAGAUGCAAAAGCUCUAUGGGACACAGUCCAAAAAACUCCAGGAGAGAUCACUCAAGAAGAGGUGGAUGUCUUUAUGGACUGCCUCUACUCUCACUUCCACAGACACUUUAAAAUCCACUUGUCAGCCACAAAACUGGUGAAAGUGUCGACGGCGAUUGCCUCAGCACACUGCGAUGGGACUAUAAAGUUUCUACAAAGCAAACACCUAAUGGGAGUGAUGAUGCUACUGACUGAACUAGCAAUCUCUCAGAUAGAGUGAGAGUCAUUUCAGCAAAUCUUCAUGCUGAAAAGGCUCAGUGCUGGAAGAUGAACACUGAGAAAUCAACUGGGAACUCGCUCCUGCAGCAUCUUUUUUCCUUUUAUGCUGUGACUGUCCAAAGCUGGACUCCCAAUUCCUGCACUCAACUCCAUAACUAGCUGUAAUUCAGUGUCACAGCAAAAAACAAGUGGACAUUUUGCCCUAAAGAUGGGCUUCAGUACAAACUUCUAUUAGCUUCUAAGCACCUUUGUUUUAUCAUAGUCAUGCUGUUCAUUUAUGUGUAGAUUAUCAGCCAGCAGCUAAGAGAGACUUUGCAAAUCUUUGGACGUGACUUAUUGACAGGCGCUUCUGCUGUUUCAAACAGCAAGUUGGUUUUCAGUUUACGGGGUAGCCUAAGCUGUACAGACCUUAGCCUUACAGAAACCGCAACUGCUCUUGGGCCAAAGUCAAGCACACCUGAGAAGGGGUGCAUGCUCUGCAACCCAGGGCAGAACAGUCCAGGUUCCAAACUUUCUUCUAGCUUUCCAAGGUCAUAAACCAUUUGUCUGUAUCUUGGCCGGGCUAAGGCAAAGGGCAUGAGACUGACAGCUGCCUUGUGUCUGCUGCCUGUUGGUCUUCUCAGACAAUUUAAUAAGAAGAAAGUGAGGUAUGUGUACAAGCUAGAUAGUUACCAUGAUUUGCCUGACAUUUGUUGUCUUGGAUUGUAAUGUAGGCCAGAGAGCUCUUGGGGUUGGAGCUAUGGGUGCUACAGGUUUGUAUUAGAUCUCUCCGUUCUGUAGUAGGUAGGAAUUCAGAGAGCUCGUGCACAGCACCUGGCUACAGCUUAAAUGAGCAAAAAGGAAGGAAAGUGUAUUUUGUAACUUGUGUUAUGUUUUUUCUAUUAUAGUACCAAAUAAAGAAAAUAUUUGCCAUCUUUUGCCACUACACUGGUCUUCAGCAAAGUCAAGACCACCUCUGCCAUCAAAUAUAUAUAUACUUGGGUGGUGCUUCUUUCCAACCAUAGCUUAUGUGACUAAACAACUAUUUGUUACCUAUUUAAUAAUUCUGUGACGUCAAAAUUCAAAGUCUAGUUUCCUAUACAGUUCACUUUAAUAGUUUUGCACUUGUGCAGCAUCUCCAAGGUCUGCUAAGUUUGUGCUCUGACCUUCCCGCUCAGCAGGGAUGCAAGGUUUAGGAUUUAUUUGUCAGCUGUCACUAAAACUGCAUUUUCUCCCCAGCACUGUGCAAACACAUAACUGCCUAAGAUGACAUAAUUGCAUGCUCAAUUCCUAUUUUAAUAAUCUAUUUUCAGAAUUAGAUAAGAAACAUGUUUACUAUUUGAAGAUGAGUUAUUUUUGAGUGUAAAGGUUGCAUCCUGCAAAGUGUGAACUCCUACCAUGGUAGGAGCAGCUAAGCAAUCUUCUGAAGGUCUUGGCAGCACAGCACCUGUUUAAACUAUGAGUUCUAAUGCUUUAGUUUCCUCUUAUGAAACAUCUUACACAAAGUUUGCUAUCUCAAUUCACAGGAAGAGUGGGUAAAGCAUAAAUAAUCUUACAGAACCUCUUUUACAUUUUUCCUUGCCCGAAGAACACAGACCAAUAGCACAUGAAACUCCAGUGGAGGAUGUGUAUGAACUACAGCCCUACUCAGCUUUCCAGGGUGGUACUUUGCUAUACACGCGUGCUGUGUAUGGUACUGCUGAAAUGAAAAGCUACUCCCUUCUCUUUUUUCACAUGCUUGUCUUCAAACAGGGGUAGGUCCUGUAUUGGUAACUGCAGUUAAGUCAGAGCUAGGUUUAGCCAGCUAGCACAGAUGCUUUCUUCCAAAAAAACAGUUUUAAGCCAGUUUUACUUGGACUGGAUCUGAAAA